GGCAUUUGAGUGCAAUUUAGCCUUUUAAAUUAAACGUUGCUCCUCAAUUCUUACUAUUUCCAAAACCUCAGGGUCUCUUCGUCGUCGGCGACCCUUUGCCGCCAAACCCUCUCCGCCCUUUUCAAUAAAAAAAAAAAAAAACUCUAUAAAACCCCAUUCUAGGGUUUUGAAUUUCUUUCCCAAUUGCAAAACCAAAACCCUAGAUCGAAGAUGCUCGUCCCUUUACCUCGCCUCACGAGCUCUCUCAGGCCCCACUACGACGUCGAUCAAGCGUACCUCCAUCGCAAAUCUAUCCUCCAAUCUCUCAAACCAAAGAGAUUGAAUAAUGAAUCGGAGCUCGCUCGGAAACUUGUCGAUCGAUGGGAUGAAGCUUCAAAGGAGGUGCGUCAAGCGUAUAAACAGUUUCUUGGAGCUGUGGUGGAGUUGAUUGAUGGUGAAGUGUACUCUGAAGAAUUUCACGAAGUAGUGCAAACCAUCUAUCAUCUGUAUAGCAAUCCUGACACAGACUCUGAUACCUCAAAGAUGCAUACUGAGAAAAAGGAAGAAUUACAGAGGCUUGUCGGUUGCCCUAUUCCAGAUUCUAUUCUUCAGAGGGUCUCUUCACUAGCUCAGAAGCUUUUUUCUCUACAACAUAAUGGUCCCGAGGCUGCAAAUGGCCAGGCAAUGAUGACAGAUGGACUUUGUGAAAGUAAUCCUGAAUUCGGUUUUAAAAUCACUUUUCAAGCUCCGGCUCGCUUUCUUCUGGAUGUGCCUCUUGAAAAUGGCGUCAGUACAACUGGGGAUAGUUAUACUGGCUCUAGCAUAUUUCGUGAGAAACAUGACUAUUACGUGGAAGCUACACAUCAUUUGAACGCUGCCCGAGAGGUUGUGAAUUUAAGAUGGCUGAAAGAUGCUUGUGAUCUGAUAGUUGAAGGGGGUGGUUCAUUACUUACUGGUGAUGAACUUGCAAUGGCCUUGUGUCGGGUGCUCAUGUCUAACAAAGCUGGUGAUGAGAUAGCAGGUGAUCUUUUGGCACUCGUUGGGGAUGGUGCCGUUGAAACAGUACAUAAUCUUUUAUCGCAUCGAAAAGAACUCGUUGAUGCUAUUAGUCAUGGGCUACAUAUGCUUAAAUCUGAGAAAUCAUCAUCCAGCAGUCAAUCGAGGAUGCCUAGCUACGGAACUCAGGUUACUAUACAGACAGAAUCUGAGCGCCAACUGGAUAAACUUCGGCGCAAGGAGGAAAAACGAAAUAAGCGUGGGGCGGAUUAUGGGAGCGCAUAUGAUAUGGCUACUGAUAGUUUUUCUUCUUUGCUAUUAGCCAGUGAGAAAAGACAACCGUUUGAUGAUCUGAUUGGUACUGGUGAAGGGUUAAGAUCGUGUGCCCUUCCCCAAGGAUCCACAAGGUUAUGUGAAAAAGGUUAUGAGGAAGUCAGCAUUCCACCCACUCCGACGGCACCUAUGACGCCAGAUGAGAAGCUGAUUGAAAUAAAAGACUUAGACGAUUUUGCCCAAACUGCUUUUCACGGAUACAAGUCUCUUAACCGGAUUCAGAGUCGUAUUUUUCAGACGACUUACCACUCAAAUGAGAACAUUCUAGUUUGUGCUCCAACAGGUGCUGGAAAGACUAAUAUUGCCAUGAUUUCUGUUCUUCAUGAGAUUAAACAGCACUUCAGGGAUGGAAUUUUGCAUAAGGAUGAAUUUAAAAUAGUUUAUGUUGCUCCAAUGAAGGCGUUAGCAGCGGAGGUGACUUCGACAUUCAGUCAUCGGUUGUCUCCCUUAAAUCUUGCUGUGAAAGAACUCACCGGUGACAUGCAGCUUUCUAGAAAUGAGCUUGAGGAAACCCAGAUGAUAGUGACCACUCCUGAAAAAUGGGACGUGAUUACUCGAAAAAGCAGUGAUAUGUCAUUGUCAAUGUUAGUUAAACUCUUAAUUAUUGAUGAAGUGCACCUGCUGAAUGACGACAGAGGUGCUGUGAUUGAAGCUCUAGUUGCUCGGACUCUUCGACAAGUAGAGUCGACACAGUCCAUGAUUCGGAUUGUUGGCUUAUCUGCUACGCUUCCAAAUUAUAAAGAGGUUGCUCAAUUUUUGAGGGUGAAUCUGGCAACUGGUCUAUUCUUCUUUGAUUCCAGUUAUCGACCAGUUCCUCUAGCACAACAGUAUAUUGGGAUUACAGAGAAGGAUUUUUCAAGAAAGAUGACUUUAUUCAACGAUAUAUGCUAUAAGAAGGUUGUUAAUUCAUUGAAGCAAGGACAUCAGGCCAUGGUUUUUGUUCAUUCACGCAAGGACACAGGAAAAACUGCUAGGAUGUUGCACGAACUAGCUACAAAAUAUGAGGAGCUGGAGUUUUUUAUUAACGACAAAGAUCCUCAAUUUUCUUUGGUUAAGAUGGAAGUUAGUAAGUCUAGAAACAAGGAGCUUGUGGAGUUAUUUGAUUAUGGAAUUGGCAUUCAUCAUGCUGGGAUGCUCCGUGCUGAUCGAGGCCUGACCGAGCGCCUAUUCUCUCGCGGCCUUUUGAAAGUCCUUGUGUGUACUGCAACAUUGGCGUGGGGAGUGAAUCUCCCUGCUCACACGGUUAUCAUCAAGGGCACCCAACUAUAUGAUCCAAAGGCUGGUGGAUGGAAGGAUCUUGGUAUGCUUGAUGUUAUGCAGAUAUUUGGUCGUGCUGGAAGACCCCAGUUUGACAAAAGUGGUGAAGGAAUAAUUAUUACAACUCAUGACAAAUUAGCAUUUUAUUUAAGACUUCUGACGAGUCAACUCCCAAUAGAAAGCCAGUUCGUUACCUCAAUGAAAGACAACUUGAAUGCUGAGGUGGCCUUAGGAACAGUAACAAAUGUCAAGGAAGCUUGUGCAUGGAUCGGAUAUACUUAUCUUUUUAUAAGGAUGAAGACGAAUCCUUUGGUUUAUGGAAUUUCAUGGGAUGAGGUUAUUGCAGAUCCUAGUUUACUCUCAAAGCAAAGAUCUUUUAUAGUUGAUGCUGCACGUGCUCUUGACAAAGCAAAGAUGAUGCGGUUCGAUGAGAAAAGUGGCAAUUUCUACUGCACUGAGCUGGGCCGUAUAGCGAGCCAUUUUUACCUUCAAUACUCUAGUGUUGAGACAUAUAAUGAAAUGCUAAGACGGCAUAUGAAUGACAGCGAAGUAAUUAACAUGGUUGCACAUUCUUCUGAAUUUGAAAAUAUUAUUGUUCGAGAUGAAGAGGUGGACGAGCUAGAAGCUUUGAUAAAAAAGUUUUGCCCGUUAGAAGUGAAGGGUGGACCCACUGAUAAGUAUUGGAAAAUUUCAAUCCUCAUUCAGGUUUACAUAUCUCGAGGUUCAAUAGAUAGUUUCUCUUUGAUUUCUGAUGCUGCAUAUAUUAGUGCAAGCUUGGCUCGCAUCGUGCGUGCUUUAUUUGAAAUCUGCUUGCGCAGAGGGUGGUGUGAAAUGUCAGCUUUUAUGCUGGAAUAUUGUAAAGCUGUAGAUAAACAGAUCUGGCCACAUCAGCAUCCUCUCAGGCAGUUUGAUAGGGAUAUUUCUGCUGAGAUUCUGAGAAAACUUGAGGAACGAGAAGCUGACUUAGAUCAUCUUUUUGAGAUGGAGGAGAAAGAAAUUGGAGCGCUAAUUCGGUUCGCCCCUGGAGGGAAGUUGGUCAAACAAUACUUGGAAUGUUUCCCGAGCAUCAACUUAUCUGCAACCGUGAGUCCAAUUACGAGAACCGUCCUCAAGGUUGAUUUGCUUAUAACUCCCUACUUUCGUUGGAAAGAUCGCUUCCACGGCACUACUCAACGUUGGUGGAUACUUGUUGAGGAUUCUGAGAAUGACCACAUUUACCAUUCGGAGCUCUUCACUUUGACUAAGAGGAUGGCAAAGGGGGAACCACAGAAGAUUUCAUUUACCAUACCCAUAUUUGAGCCGCAUCCAGCACAGUAUUAUAUCCGUGCUGUUUCAGACUCGUGGUUACGUUCAGAGUCACUUUACACGAUUUCUUUUCGUAAUUUAACGUUGCCUCAGACCCAAAUUUCACACACGGAGCUUCUAGAUUUGAAACCCCUUCCUGUGAGUUCUCUUGGCAAUGAAGCUUACGAAAAUCUUUACAGGUUUUCGCAUUUCAAUCCAAUCCAAACACAGGCAUUUCAUGUCCUAUACCACUCAGACAGCAAUGUUCUUCUAGGAGCUCCUACAGGGAGUGGAAAAACAAUAUCUGCGGAGCUGGCAAUGUUUCGUUUGUUCAACACUCAACCUGAUAUGAAGGUGAUAUACAUCGCACCUCUCAAGGCUAUCGUUCGAGAAAGAAUGAAUGAUUGGAGGAAGCGACUAGUUUCUCAACUUGGAAAAAGAAUGGUAGAAAUGACUGGGGAUUUCACUCCAGAUCUUAUGGCACUGUUGUCAGCUGACAUCAUAAUUUCGACUCCUGAGAAGUGGGAUGGCAUCAGCCGCAGUUGGCACAGUAGAAGCUAUGUGAUGAAGGUUGGACUCAUGAUAUUGGAUGAAAUUCAUUUACUGGGGGCUGAUCGAGGACCCAUUCUUGAGGUUAUUGUUUCUAGGAUGAGAUACAUAUCAUCACAAACUGAACGCUCAAUACGUUUUAUAGGUCUAUCAACAGCAUUAGCAAAUGCACGAGAUUUGGCUGAUUGGUUGGGAGUUGGAGAUGCUGGUCUAUUCAAUUUUAAGCCUAGUGUGAGGCCUGUUCCGCUUGAAGUUCAUAUUCAGGGAUAUCCAGGGAAGUUCUACUGUCCAAGAAUGAAUAGCAUGAAUAAACCGGCAUAUGCUGCAAUAUGUACCCAUUCACCUUCAAAACCAGUGCUCAUUUUUGUUUCAUCUCGACGUCAAACCAGACUUACUGCACUAGAUCUCAUCCAGCUUGCAGCAUCUGAUGAACAGCCUAGACAGUUUCUUGAUAUGCCAGAAGAAGAACUAGAAAUGGUUCUUUCACAGGUUACUGACAACAACUUAAGGCAUACUCUACAGUUCGGAAUUGGACUGCAUCACGCUGGACUGAAUGACAAGGAUAGAUCUUUAGCUGAGGAACUUUUUGGAAACAACAAAAUCCAGAUCUUAGUAUGUACUAGUACACUGGCAUGGGGUGUUAACCUUCCAGCUCAUCUGGUCAUCAUUAAGGGGACAGAAUACUAUGAUGGAAAAGCUAAAAGAUACGUUGAUUUUCCUAUAACAGACAUUUUGCAAAUGAUGGGCCGUGCUGGUCGACCACAAUAUGAUCAGCAUGGAAAAGCUGUUAUUCUUGUUCAUGAACCAAAAAAGAGUUUUUAUAAGAAGUUCCUUUAUGAACCAUUCCCUGUUGAAAGCAAUUUGAGGGAGCAUUUGCAUGAUCACAUCAAUGCAGAGAUUGUCUCUGGUACAGUCUGCCAUAAGGAGGAUGCUAUGCACUAUCUUACAUGGACCUAUCUGUUUCGCCGAUUGGUUAUAAAUCCAUCUUAUUAUGGAUUGGAGGAUGCUGAAAACGAGACUCUUAAUUCUUAUUUGUCAAGAUUAGUGGAAACUACUUUCGAGGAUCUGGAGGACAGUGGUUGUAUUAAGAUGACUGAAGAUUCUGUGGAGGCAAUGAUGCUAGGUUCUAUAGCAUCACAGUAUUACCUGAGCUAUAUGACAGUAUCAAUGUUUGGUUCAAACAUAGGUCCAGACACUACUCUUGAGGUUUUUCUGCACAUCCUCUCUGGUGCUUCUGAAUACAAUGAGCUCCCUGUGAGGCAUAAUGAGGACAAGCAUAAUGAGGAAUUAUCAAAAAGGGUCCCUUAUGUGGUCGACGAGCACCACCUUGAUAGUCCACAUGUGAAAGCAAAUUUGCUCUUCCAGGCACACUUCUCCCACAUUGAAUUUUCUGUUAGUGACUAUGUCACUGACUUAAAAUCUGUUCUUGAUCAAAGCAUACGUAUCAUUCAGGCUAUGAUUGACAUAUGUGCAAAUAGCGGAUGGCUUUCGAGCGCAAUGACUUGCAUGCAUCUUAUGCAAAUGGUCAUGCAGGGUUUAUGGUAUGGGAAAGAUUCAUCCUUAUGGAUGCUUCCCUGUAUGUCGGAUGAUCUUCUAAGUUUUCUCAACAGAAAUGGUGUAUUUUCUGUCCAAGAGCUGUUAAAUCUUCCUAGUAGAAAAUUGCGACUGUUGCUUCAGCAGAUACCUUGUCCCGAGCUGACCCAGGAACUUGCGCACUUUCCGCAUGUACAGGCAAAAUUAAAGCUUGAGAGGGAAAACACAGGAAGAACUAAUUCUCCUGUCCUUAACGUAAAACUGGAAAAGUUAAAUUCUAAGCAUUCAACAAGAAGAGCAUUUGCCCCCAGAUUCCCAAAGGUGAAAGAUGAAGCAUGGUGGCUAGUCCUGGGAAAUGUUACAAUUUCCGAACUGUAUGCGCUGAAAAGAGUAACUUUCUCUGAUCGAAUGGUUACUCGAAUAGAAUUACCAUCAACACCAAUCAAUCUCCAGGAAACAAGGCUAAUUUUAGUAUCUGACUGCUAUCUUGGAUUCGAACAAGAGUAUCCCAUUGAAGAGGUAUAACUGAAGCUGCUCCAAAUGCGCGAGGAACCAGAGUCCAACCUGUGAUCUGCUUGAUCUCGCGCACCGCUUUCUUUUUUGAUGGAAGAACAGUCGACCUCCUGCCGAAUCAUGACCGAGAAGUUAGGUCAUAUUAACUUACACCGAUGGGUUCCAGGAGAUGCAAGUAUUUGACGUUGGUAGAUGACAAGGAACUAUCAAUGCAGCUUUUUUGCAAAUGAUCAUAAUUCCUGAAUUGUUCAUCCUUCUGCCUCCUUGCAAGUGAUUCCCACAUAUUUUGAAAUACACUGCUUACAAAUGGGAAAAUAUAAGUUGGGAUUUUCCCGCAUAUUUUUUAUUAUUUAUAAAGGUAUUUUACUCAUUUAUGUUGAAGGACUAUAUUGCCUUCCAAGAACCUCUUAUCAUUCAUUAAUUGUUCGCUUCACAAGAUUUCAACCUGUUUA